AUGGUAGGCUUUCGGUACAAUGCUCUUACUACGAUCGGGCAAAACACCCAUCAACUGUUGGUAAGGCUUGAAUGGUUGACCAAGCUUGAAGUUGAUAUCUGCCUUGAGACCCCGCUUGACAUCAGAGAUCAUGGGCGAGUAGUGGUAACCAUAGUACCAUGGCCACGAUGCUACACCACGGUAGUAGUAGUAGAGAACCCACUGCAGACCUUGGACGUAGUUCUCCGUCAGCUUGCGGAGCUCUUCCUCGUUGCUACGGUCCCAAUCAAACUUGCUCUUGUAGUAGCUGUUCUUCCAAGCUUCGAACUUUUCGUCGUACUUCUUCUGCAUCUCGGAUUGAGCAGCCUCGGGAGAAAUGUCGACAACCUUGGCCUGCUCAUAUUUCUGCACAACACGUGCAAUAGCUUUGGCAGAUUCGUCUUCCAUUUCCUCAUCCUCGUCCGAAUCGCCCUCGACCAGCUUCGGCGGGGCAGUGAUUUGUAG